AUGGCACCAGGACUGCUAGAGCCGCUAGUGGUGUUCUGGAAAGAGUGGGGAGUCCUAGCGUUGGUGAUGUUGAGUUUCACACUGCAAGUGAUCCUCCUCAUCACCGCCGAGAUCCGCCGGCGCAAGGACUCCGGCGCACUAAAGGUGGUCGUCUGGUUGGCAUACCUGCUUGCCGACACGACGGCAGUAUACACUCUAGGCCACAUGUCCAUUACCAGCCCGGCGUCGCAGGAUCAGCAAUUGAUGGCGUUCUGGGCACCUUUCUUGCUGCUGCACCUCGGCGGGCAGGACAACAUCACCGCCUACUCCAUCGAGGACAACCGGCUGUGGCUGCGCCACCUGCAGAGCGCUGCCAUUCUCAUGUUUGUGGUUGGUGUUGUCAAGUACGGGGAGAGAGUGUGUGCGCUCCAGCUUGCCUGCACGAAUAACAUGUCCCGGAAGAACUACCCGCCUAUUACCUGGACUGGUUCUGAUGAUGAUGAAAGUCCCAGUAGCAUGGGACCAUAUCCGGAAACAUUUCGAGCUCAUGUGCUGCUGGAUUUUCCCAAGCAGAUGUUGAAGGGGCCUUUGCCUAUUCCUCCAGAAAUCUUGGAAAGUUGCGAGUGGGAGGAGAUGUAUGGGGUGGCCGAGAUGCAGCUCUCACUCAUGCACGACGUCUUCUACAGCAAGGCUGAGCUGAUCCACACUUGGUAUGGGUACUGCAUCCGUGUCUUCUCAUUGCUGGCAACUGUCGCCGCACUCCUGCUAUUUCAUCGAUUAAGUGAGGAAGAUGGUUACAGAAGAGCAGAUGUCACCGCCACCUAUGUUCUGCUAGCUGGAGCCGUCGUUCUGGAGAUCACAUCAGUGCUGAGGGCCAUGUUCUCCACCUGGACAUAUGGCAAGCUCAUCAGGAGAAGACGUUAUUGUGGUUGUGUUGCUCGUGCAUUAGCUCGGCUGGCGUUGGUUCCACUUUGGUACUGGUCCGGCACCAUGGGGCAACACAACUUUAUUUACAUGUGCAGCCACUGUAAGGACAGUCGAGGCAGCAAAAUGGCAAGAUGGGUGGGACGGGAGGACUGGUGGAACAUGCUGGUUUACACGUCCUCCGUCCCCGUUUCGCCACACAUUAGUGAGAUACUCAAGAAACAAGUGAAGCAAAGUCACAACGUCAACAAAGAGAACCCAGAUCACAUCCGGAACUCACGGGGCCGAGCGGCGCUGAAGAGCAGGCCAGAAUUGUACGAGGAGCUGCGCUGGAGCGUGGACACUGGGCUCGGUGAGAGUAUCCUCGUGUGGCACAUCGCCACACAUAUCUACCUCAGCUGGUACGAGAGGAAACACGCACGCCGCCCGCACCAUCUUGCACAAGUGAUCGGGAAGCUCUCGAACUACAUGAUGUUUCUCCUCGCCGAACGCCCCUACAUGCUGCCUGACAAUGUUGGACGCCACGGUUACCUUGCACUGUGCUACAUAUUGAUCCAUGAGCUCCAAUGCUUGGUAGAGGAUUUGCUCAGUUUGCUACGGGACCAUGGAGAUGCUGUCAUUUCGGGACAAACCGAGGAUGCUGCUCGUGAGAUUGGGUCGAAUACCACAUUUGACAAUGCAUGUCGGCUUGGGGUCAAGCUCAUAACCAAAGAGCUUGAAACACCCGAUGCUAACAUGAUGGAGCUGAUCAGCCAGGUGUGGGUGGAGCUUCUGUGCUACUCAGCCUAUCAGUGCGUAUCGGAUUCCCAUGCCAGACAGCUGAGCAAUGGCGGCGAGUUCACCACCGUCGUUGCCCUUUUGCUGGAGUACAUGGAAUAUGAUAUUUUAACCUUUGAGUCUGUGCAAGAUAGGUCUGAAGACUCCAUGGCCAGCAGCGACACCGAACCAUGUACAGAAUACGUGUAA